CGUUAAACGGCAUUGAAAAUAUUUACAGCAUUGGCCUAACUAACAAGUGCAAAACAAACCAUUUUGUACAAAUGUUAUCAUCAUGCUGUUUCUAACGCUUGGCCAUAGUAACUAAUAACUCUGGCCUAGGUAAAUAUAACACUAAUUCAAGGUCCAGACAACCGUUACCAAACUUUUCACCGUCAGACCAUACGGGUAUAGCUCGAGCAGAUGGCUAAUCAUUCAAAGACCACGUGGACCCAGUGAACUCUCAUAUCUGACCAUAUAUGCCGACCAAUAGGCCUAGAUCAAAUACAGCUGAUCAUAUUUUGAUAUUUCUGCUUUAUAUGGCAUAAGUUGACCUGCGGGCUUGAAACUUUUUGGACAGGCUGUUGUCUAUCAAUUGGAUUUUUGACACCUUUAUUUGUGAAUUCUUAGCUUUUGAUCCAACAACUCUGACCCACCGCCAUCCACAAUGGACAUCGUCCUCAACCUUGUCGACCAUCACUUCUUCACUCCAUACGUCUACCCGCCGACCUGGCCAGAAGAUGACCCCUACAGGCAGCUUAUCACACUAUUCAUCAUCGUCAACAUGGGAGGAUACUUCCUCUAUCUCGCCACAGCUGCACUCAGUUAUUUCUUCUUAUACGAUCGCACGCUCAUGCGACAUCCAUUGUAUAUUCCAAAUCAAGUGUCUAAAGAGAUCACCUACGCAUGCUGCUCCAUCCCGUUGAUGAGCGUGCCAACGAACCUCCUCUUCUUCCUGGAAGUCAGGGGAUACGGAAAACUCUACGAUAAUAUUGAGGAAUCAAAAUGGGGCUGGUCCGGUGUCAUAUUUAGCUGUAUCACAUUCAUCCUUUUCACGGAUGCUCUGAUUUAUUGGAUUCAUCGCUUCCUCCAUCAUAAGACUAUCUACAAGUACAUCCACAAGGAUCAUCACCGAUGGAAGGUACCAACACCGUUUGCCAGCCACGCCUUCCAUCCCGUGGAUGGUUUCCUCCAGAGCUGUCCAUACCAUAUCUACGCCUUCCUCUUCCCACUCCACAAGUUCACCUAUCUCAUCCUAUUCGUCUUCGUCAACAUGUGGACCGUCUCCAUCCAUGAUGGGAACUACCACGUCCCGGAGCCGCUCAAACCGGUCGUGAACGGCUCAGCCCACCAUAUGGACCACCACUUGUUCUAUAAUUACAACUACGGCCAGUUCUUUACCCUGUGGGACCGCAUCGGGGGGUCGUUUAGACAUCCGAGUUCAUUCGAGGGCCAGGGCCCUGCCGAGGAAGUUUUACGGAAAGAAGCGGAAAAAGCAAAACUGCAGAACGGACACAGCGCGUCGAAUGGGACACGCGCAUCGAAUGGGAACUCUUUGUCAAACGGGAAGAAGUUUGAAUAGAUGCAAUAGGCCUACUAUUAUUGAGAACAAUGCCAAACUUGAGACUGGCUACAGCACGUCUAAAGGAAAACAUGUGUCAAAUGGGAUCUCAACGGUGGACUGUUGGCUUGGUGGUUGUCACUCGCACUCAGUCAAAAGUUAGAAUGUGAAAAGUUUGAUUUGACCCUCUCUGGGGCAGCCGCAGGACUGACAAAGGCUGUCUUUGAUAAAGAUGUCCUGAUCACAAAUGAUGUUAAAUGAUUUAGAAAAACAAAUGUGCUAUUGUUUGUAAUUUAAGUUUUGUAUUUGCGUGUGUAGGUUUGUUUUGAAGAGCGUAUGAACCCAUCAUCUUAUCGCUCGUUUAAGCGGGGGGGGGGGGGGGGGGGGCAGGGGGAUCUCAUUUGCGCAUGUGAUAUGAGAAACACUUGUUAUGGGUGUUAUGAUAUUUCUGUAUGUGAUAAUUUAUUAGAUGAGUUGCCAUAGUAACCAGGUGCUAAAAGUGAUGGCAGAUUGCGAGUGUCAGAUUUGAUGCUUUAUAUACAUAUUUGUUUUGGUUGUCAGAUCUUAAAGGCCUACGCCACCCGUAAAAAUUUGAAAUUGAAUUUGAAAAUUUCAAAUUAUGUAACUAUGACCUGAAUAUCAAUGUUAGCAUUGCUGUUUCAUUAGUUUUAUGACAAGGUUUUAUGAACCAAAAAUAGUAUCAAUUAUGCAGGUUUCUUGGCUAUCUAAAACAUGAUUGACUGAUGUCAGCGUUAUUUGCUUUAUAAAUGUCUAUUUCAUUCUGACUAAACUGGAAUUAUGAUAGUU